GCGUUGAAGCGUGCACACCCUCCGUGAUUAACUGGAAAAUCUUCUGCAAAUCAAGAAUCUAAAUCCAGGAACUUCAAUGGCGCUGGAGAGCUCCAUUGCCAUUGAAUAUUACCACCUGGAUCCGCCCUUGGAAGAGGAGCAGACACCCCUGCCAUACGGAAGUGUGGAAUACGCCGCAGUGGAGCGCCUACUCGUUGGAUCCCUCAAGGGCUAUAGGCUUUCAGUGAAAGACAUAGUAGCGCUGCACAACCCGCGAACUUAUGAGAAAUUCGCCGACAACGUGGAGCUGUACAGGCACAAGCCCGGAGCCGUAGUGAUGCGUCUCUUGCACGGGACACGGCCGGACAACGUAAACGCCAUCUUCGAAUCCAACUUGAAGCUCAGUAAGACUAACCUGACUGACGAAAAUCGUAACAGCAAAUGGUACUGUGGAGAGGGAUUUUACUUCACGAACAGCGCGCCGUACGCGUGCAGUCCACGUUUUACCGGAUUUGGGGAGAAGCACCUCCUCUUGUUUGACGUGUUGGUGGGGAGUGUGGCCCGACUCCCACGGGGCAAGAUGUACCCGCCGGAGGGAAUCGACACCACGCAGCCCGAAGACGAAACUGUUGAGUCUUACGCGAAAUUUGGAGAGGACUUGUUUUAUCCGACCCACCUCAUCGUGUGCAAUUGAACACGCAAGCAAGCGCAAUAGUCGUCGACGGGGUAUUCCUAAGUGAUCAUCUGACAGACCAGGAACCCCACGGUCGAUACGCUGUUUUGUACGAAUGCCACACAAUUACGUAGAGAGUAAUCGCUGUUACGCAAUAUUGCGCAAAUAUCACGCAGUUAUUACGCUUCCAUUGCGCCCCGAAGGUCCAGCAUUAGACAGUUUUGGCGAAUAAUUGUCAUCUUAUUACGCGUAAUAACCGAUCUGAGCGAACAGACUAUUGCGCCUGAAAAUAGCCCCUCGGCCGGCCCGGGUCCUUUUUUAAAUGUUUUGGACGUCUACAUAUUUGAUAGUUAUCUAUUUCUAUUUGUUCUGAUUGUUCUCCUGCGAAUAAAAAUAAAGUGACGAA